CUCUCUUUUUAUCCUCCGGCCACUUGCCGUCGCGCGCCUCUCAUCCCUACCUUUGUACAUAUGUGUGUCCUACGAUCCAUGGCGUGAGAGCUUUGUACAUACAAAAUGACUUCACACAACAACGAAGAGGCAAUCCCAGCAGACCGCCCACGCUCGCAAGGCACGUCGGCCUCAGCCUCUCCUCCGGCGCAACUCGCGUCACCCAGCAGCCCAGUACCCUCGCAGCGUGCCUUUCAGCGAUACAGUCUUCAAAAUCAUGCGGGCACCGCGUCGGUAGCGCCAGCAACAGAGGCGCUGCGUAGCAACCGCUUCUCCAUGUCCUUUCCCGUCCAACCUUCGCGCACCAGCAGUCCGACACGCCCAUCGCGCUCCCCCGUACGCGAAGCGGCUUCCACAUCAUCCGACUCCCUCGACACCCUCCCCGCUCCAACCGACACCACUUUCCUCACCGCCAUCGCCACUCAAGAACGCCGCGUGCUCGAGCUGAAAGAAGAACUAGGCCGCGCGGAGGCCGAGCUCAACAAGCUGAAGAAGCACUGGGCGCAGCACGAAGCGCACAAGAAACGGGAAGACGCGAAGAAGGUCACGCGCAUGCAGCCGUUGCAGACUGCUUUGCCUACGACUGGAGCUGCGGCAGCGGAGGAGGACACAGAUGGCUCGAACGCGUGGAUGCAGCAGGAGAUGGAGAGGCGCAAGGCGCUGCUGAGUAGUAAUCAGUCGAGCAAUCGGACUGUUUUUACGGGGUCGAGGCAUAUGCGGACGCUGUCGUUGUUGUCGCCGGUCAAUAAUCGGCAUGAGGGUGCUUCAUUGAAUGCGCUGGCUUCGGGUCGGCAGUCGAGACGAGAUGGUGAUGAUCAAGGUGAUGCGGCCAGGAAGGUGGAUAACAAGGCCCCGCCAUCUAAGCCUAUUCAAACAUCGAGAGUGAAGACAACGUCUGAUAUGAUGGUUGACGGAACCGAAGCCACACUCUCUGAAGGCGACAAAGAUUUACUACUCAAGACGGGCAAGAGGAUGGCAACAGACUUGCGCGACGGACUCUGGACCUUCUGGGAAGACCUUAAGCAGGUCACUGUGGGCGAGGAAGGCACCAAGAUUGAGCCGCCUUCGGGGAGGGCAGGCUCGAAUGCAACGCCACGCGCGUCGAAGAAACAGCCGAGCAGAAGCCCGCGUCGCUCACCGGCACGAGAUUCGACGAAACCAAACAAGACAUUCACCGACGCAGAGCGACCAGUCUCAAAACAUAUGCAGACCACGUUGACCUCUACGACGCAAAACCCUGUCCUGGCCAGCCCGUCCUUCUGGUCUGAUUACGGCGUACCACUUGGCCAGGAGCUCACUCCCGUCAGAGUCAAGAAGGUCGACCGUCGCGCACGCCACGCUAAAUCCGGCUCCAAAAUUUCCACCACCUCCAAUGAUCACGAAGGCUGGGACGCGUGGGACGAGAACAGUCCGCAAUCGCACCUAUCUCGAACCUCCAGCGCCGCUUCCGAAGCCGACACUCUACCCUCUACAAUCUCUGAUGCGGCAACGAGCCCACGAACAAGCACAGAAGUCCCACCGACACCGGCGCAGAAAGGGCUAUUCGAAAGUAGCAGUGGUGUCGGCGACAGUAGCAAGAAAGAGCCCAUCCCAUGGCCUGCGCUCGCCAAUCUCGGCCCCAAAGCGCUGACGCGCACGGCUAGUCAUUUGAUGGCGGAGUGGGAGAGGAGUCUUACUCCGAGUCCUACGAAGGAAGAUGGUGCAGGGCACGAGGAUUAUCUGAGUCUACGCAGUGAUCCUGCUGAGCGUGUGGACGAGUAGGCUGGAAGGAGCUUGUCUUGCUAAGACAUGUGCGAGUCGUAGUGUACAUUAUGGCGUGUCAAAUUGAUUUGACUAUCUUACGCAAGCUUGGCUUUUCAACCGCGAUU